CAAUUAAUGUCGUAUAAUUAGAAAUUUAGAAUCCAUUGAUUGAUGAUUGAUUGCUUACUCACAUCCCUUCCGAUAUGUGGUACUCUCAUUCAAUCAAUCGCUCUAUAAAUGAAUCCACACAAAUCUCACCUGCAGACGCAUAAACACAUACACCUGCAGAGCAUCGAGAUCGAUCGACAAUGGCGUCCUCUGUUCCUGCUGCUAGUGCCGUCCCGCUGCUGCUGCUCUUCUCCCUCGCGGCGGUGGCCGGCGGCAACAUCAUCCUCCCGGCGUGCAAGACCGUGAGCGGCCGGGUGGACCCCACGUUCUGCGAGGAGGCGCUCGGCUCCGUGGGCGCCGGCGUCGACGCCAAGAGCUACAAGGAGCUUGCUGUCGUCGCCGCGGACCUCCUCGUGGCCAACGCCACCAGCACCAAGGCCAAGAUCGACGGCCUGCUAGCCUCCUCCGGCGGGAAGAAUAUCGGUGGCGCCGCCCUGCAGGCCCUCCGGUCGUGCCAGGCGCUGUACGGCGGGAUCGUGGACAGUGGCCGCGGCUCCGCCACCGCGAUCAGGGGCGGCAGGUUCCGCGAGGCGGCGGCGGGGCUGGAGAAGGCCGCGGCCGCGGUGAGGCGGUGCGAGGACGGGUUCGGGAAGAGCGGUGUGUCGUCGCCAUUGACGAAGGAAGGAGACAACGCGUCCAGGCUCGCCGGUCUCGCCGUCGCGCUGCUCGCUUUUGUUUAUUGAAUAUUUGAAUUUGUUGUGGCUACUGCUGUCUCUAAUAAAAAUGAAUUUGGAAAAAGAAAAGAAGAAUCGAAAGUUUUUUUUUGAGAGAAAAA